CUACUUACGAUCAUUCGCGUAAAUUACUCGAAUAAUUAAUAACGUAAACGCAGUGAAUUACACUAUGUGACAUUGCGAAAAAACCGCUCUUCUUGCCCUAGUUCAGAAGCGAAAAAGAACAAACCUAAGAAAUGAGGAGCAAAAGAGAGAGUUGCAUCGCGCGUACCGUGUCACGUCACGAGGUCGUGCCGUGCGUGUCUACCCGAUGACGCAAACAUGUCUCCGCACGCGAGUGAUUCGAAUAUUGCCUAUCGAUGUAACCCAUUUUACAUACGUCCCCUCGGGCGUGCCGAAACGGGCAAGCAACAAUCGCCUGACGUGGACGUCCGAUAAACGAUUAGACGAAAGUCGAACGACGUUUGUGUCGUUUCGUGACUCCGUGCAUGCUGAGCAGCGGUUUCUGUUCUGCACUGGUAUUUUUACGACUCUCCACGCUCCACGUGAAUUGUUAGUCAUCGCGUAACAGUGGUGGUGAAACCUUGCACAUUUUAUUACAAAACAAGUAGUUUAUAAUGAUACGAGGAGUGUGCAGAAAGCUAUGCAAUGUUGCACAGCGAGCAGUGAUGAUCAUGGAGAAGAGCUACGCGACGGCGCAGAUAGCACCGCUGCAGCAGGCAGCUUUGAAGGAGCGCUGCAUACUCGUGGACAAGCUGGACAGACCCAUCGGUGAGGCAACCAAGGAGUACUGUCAUGAGAUUGGUCCAGGAGGUAGUAUACCGCUUCACAGAGCGUUCAGUAUCUUCCUGUUCAACAGCAGAGGAGAGUUGCUGCUUCAGAAGCGGUCCAGUAAUAAAGUAACAUUUCCAGAUCAUUAUACAAACACGUGCUGCAGCCAUCCAUUGGCAGAAAUUCCCAGCGAGACGGAGGAAGAGAACGCCAUAGGUGUGCGCAGAGCAGCGAUAAGGAGACUCGGUUACGAACUCGGCAUACCCAGUGCCGACAUCAAGCCGUCAGAACUGUACUUUCUGACGAGGGUCCACUACGAGGCGCCCAGCGACGGUCGUUGGGGCGAACACGAGAUCGAUUACGUGUUCUUCGUGCAGAAGGACGUCCGAAUCAAUCCGAAUCCCGACGAGGUCAGCGAGAUUCGAUGGGUGUCCAGAUCGGAGAUCGAGAACUUCAUGAAGACCGUAGGCCCGCUGACGCCGUGGUUCCGUCUGAUCUUCCGGGACCAGCUGCUGCACUGGUGGGACAAUCUCUCCGACCUGCGCGAACUGCGAGAUCUCGAUAACAUCAAGAUGCUGUCGGAUUGAUUCGCGCGAACGCGCCGACCUAGCUAGCCGAAGCGAAACCCGACCGUACAAUAUGUAUAUUCGAUACAUAUUGUGCAAUAUGACUAUUUUACAGAGACGAAUCUCUUGAAUAAAAUUUGAAUUUGAAUAAAGGUUUUAGUCUAUCCUAAGCUGCAUAAAUAACGUUCACACAUAUACACGACACACGCACGCACGCAGAAAUAUGUUUUCGUGUACACCGAACUCUUUUUAUGCGAUUUAUUUUUACGCGAUCGCCUCUUGUGCGGAAUGUAUCUACCGCGUAAAGAGAGUCGAGUGUACAUGUACGUAUAUCAAGAAUUAUGAACAACACAUGCGUUUUCCGCAGUAUACGCGUUUUGUGAAGGAUCAAUGUGAUACAUGGUGAAUAUGGUAAAAUAAAUAUGUUACGUGCAAUUUA